AUGUUUGAGGUCAUAGACAGUGAGAGAUGUGAAGUCUCCUUUUUGGAAAGUUGCCAGCAAUCAGGCAAACGUAAUUUUAAGGUUAUAUCUCGAGUUUUAGCAUUCUCAGUUAAAUUCAACUCAAAAGGAGGUAUAGAGGACUAUCGUCACAAUGCAGAAGCUGCAAAAGCUGCUCUUGAUGGCAUGCAACGCAAAGGAAGAACACUGCGUGUUCGUUAUGCGUCAUUAGGUUCUGCCUUAAAAGUGAAAAAUCUAUCACAACAUGUCUCUAAUGAAUUGUUACAUCAAGCAUUUUCCCAAUUUGGUGAGGUUGAACGAGCAGUUGUCAUAGUUGAUGAUAGAGGUCGGCCAACAGGUGAAGGAAUUGUAGAGUUUGCAAGAAAACCUGGUGCUCAAGCUGCGUAUAAAAGAAUAACUGAGGGUGUUUUUCUCCUGUCAUCUGCUCCACGUCCAGUGACAGUUGAACCCCUUGACCAAAAGGACGAAGAAGAUGGAUAUCCGGAAAAGUUCAUCAAUAAAACUGAUGCCUACAAGAAGGACAGAGAAUCAGAACCUCGCUUUGCACCUCCUGGCUCUUUUGAAUAUGAGUUUGGUCUGCGCUGGAAAGAACUUGAAGAACUUGAGAAACAACAGCAUGAAGGUGUCAAGAAAGCUAUGGAAGAGUCUCGCCUCAAAUUGGAAGAUGAAAUGGAAAAUGCAAUGUUUGAACAACAAGCUGAAAUGAUCCGUCAAGACUUACUGCGACAGCAGGAAGAACUUAGAAGACUUGAAGAAAUACGUCAACAAGAACAAAUUCGCCGUAGACAAGAAUUAGAAAUGAGGCGCCAGGACGAAGAAAGGCGACGGCAAGAAGAUGACCGAAGGCGUACAGAUUUACUGUUGAGAUCCCAGGAAAUUCGUCGUCGACAAAUGGGACAAGAAUCUAUGGGUAGGGAUCGUCCAGGAGACAUGAUGGGAAGACAGGGUGGUAGUCCAGCAAUGAAUGAUAAUCAGCAGAGAGGUAGAAACACCAACACUGGUGCACCUCCUCUCCCACCUCCUCCCCCACCUCCUGCAGCUAUGGGACUUGACAGACCUGGCCAGAAUCAGAUGACUGGUGGAGGAAGUAUGAGUGGUGGUUACAAUUACAGUAACCAAGGACCUAUGGGUGGACAGAACAUGGGUGGAGGACCUGGUGGCAGUGGCAAUACUAGCAACUCUAAUAUGGGUGGAGGCCCAACGGGUGGAGGAAUGACUGCAAAUUCUAUGGUUAAAAUGAACCAAAGUGUACCCAACAGAAUGCGUCAGUCUCGCUACGAUCAACCUGGGGAUAACAACUUUGGAGGUACUGACAAUUACGGGUCAGCAGGAAUGGGCAGCAGUGCUGCCAGUGCCAUGGGUGGCGGUGGCGGCCCACCUAUCAGUAGUGGUCAGAUGGGUGGUGGACCAAAUGGUCCACCCAGCUUGUUCAAUUCCAAUAUGGGAGGGAACAUGCCUGGGGCUGGCAACAGUGGCAUGCGAGGUGGUGGAGGAGGAGGAGGCGGCGGAGGUAGUGGCGGCGGCAGUGGUGGAGCUGGCGGCGGAAGCAGUGGAAGCGGAAAUAGUGCUGACAGAGGUAACAUGAUGGACAGACGCAGAGAGAAUGCCAACAGAGAAGAUUAUGCUGAGAUGAAAAGAAUGCGGCGAUAUUAAAAAAACAAAACAAAAUGAUACAAACAAAAAAAAAAAAACUUUACACCCAUGCCAUUGACAUUAUUUUGACAGCAACUCAUUUAUCUUAACUUUUACUGUAAAUGUAUCAAUUUAUUCCUGGAGAACUUAAUAUCAUGUAGUGGACAGUAGUAAAACCAUUACUUGUUGGUGUCACCAUCCUUGUGCUCUUCAUAUCAGUGUUUCACUGAUUAUUCAUAGUCUAAAAUAAGGAUUUCAUCAUCAUGACUCUAAUUUUGUCAUAUUCAUUUCGACUUAACAGUCUAAUAAACAUUGUGACCUUUAA